GGAGCGGGCGGUUCAGCACCAGGGAGAGCGCCCCGCGCCCCGCGCCGCGCCGAGCCCCGCAUGGGGCCGCGCUGAGCCCGGCGGGCGGCCCCGCGGCGGGCGGCGGCGGCGGGCGGGGGGGGCCCGGCGGGCUCCGGGCCGCCCGUGGAUGAGCACCAUGAGGCUGCUGCUGCUCGCCCUGCUCUUCUCUUCCUCCUUCGCCCGCGCCGGCUGCGACCCCAAGAUCGUCAACAUCGGCGCGGUGCUGAGCACCAAGAAGCACGAGCAGAUCUUCCGCGAGGCGGUGAACCAGGCCAACAAGCGGCACGGCACCUGGAAGCUCCAGCUCAACGCCACCUCGGUCACGCACAAGCCCAACGCCAUCCAGAUGGCCCUCUCCGUCUGCGAGGACCUCAUCUCCAGCCAGGUCUAUGCAAUAUUAGUUAGCCACCCUCCUGCUCCCAACGAUCACCUAACACCAACACCCGUAUCAUACACAGCUGGCUUCUACAGGAUCCCUGUCAUUGGUCUGACAACACGCAUGUCUAUAUAUUCUGAUAAGAGCAUCCACCUGUCCUUUUUGCGCACGGUCCCACCCUACUCUCACCAGGCCAACGUCUGGUUUGAGAUGAUGAGAGUCUUCAACUGGAAUCACGUCAUUCUGAUAGUCAGUGACGACCAUGAAGGUCGUGCUGCUCAAAAGAAGCUGGAGACCCUCUUGGAGGAGAAAGAGUCCAAGAGUAAAAAAAGGAACUAUGAAAACCUCGACCAACUUUCCUAUGACAACAAGCGAGGACCCAAGGCUGAGAAAGUGCUUCAGUUUGACCCCGGAACCAAAAAUGUGACGUCGCUGCUGCUGGAGGCAAAGGAGCUGGAGGCUCGUGUCAUCAUCCUUUCUGCCAGUGAGGAUGAUGCGGCCACGGUGUACAGAUCAGCAGCCAUGCUCAAUAUGACGGGCUCCGGCUACGUGUGGCUGGUGGGGGAACGGGAGAUAUCGGGCAAUGCCCUGCGUUACGCCCCUGAUGGAGUGAUCGGUUUGCAGCUCAUCAAUGGGAAGAACGAGUCAGCCCACAUCAGCGACGCUGUUGCGGUGGUGGCCCAGGCCGUGCACGACUUGUUUGAGAAGGAGAAUAUCACAGACCCGCCGCGGGGCUGCGUGGGCAACACCAACAUCUGGAAGACAGGACCCCUUUUCAAGAGGGUGUUGAUGUCCUCCAAGUACUCGGAGGGUGUCACCGGCCGGGUGGAAUUCAAUGAGGAUGGGGACAGGAAGUUUGCCAACUACAGCAUCAUGAAUCUGCAGAAUCGGAAACUGGUCCAAGUUGGGAUUUACAACGGCAGCCAUGUCUUGACCAACGACCGGAAGAUUAUCUGGCCAGGGGGAGAAACCGAGAAACCUCAAGGCUAUCAGAUGUCAACCAAAUUGAAGAUCGUGACGAUCCACCAAGAGCCCUUUGUGUAUGUGAAGCCCACGCAAGCAGAUGGGACGUGCAGGGAGGAAUUCACCAUCAAUGGGGAUCCUGUGAAAAAGGUCUUUUGCACUGGACCCAACGAGACCAUCCCAGGCCGCCCCACCGUGGCACUGUGCUGCUAUGGAUUCUGCAUCGACCUGCUCAUCCGGCUGGCAGGGGUGAUGAACUUCACCUACGAGGUUCACCUGGUGGCUGAUGGUAAAUUUGGUACCCAAGAGCGGGUUAACAACAGCAACAAGAAAGAGUGGAAUGGGAUGAUGGGGGAGCUGCUGAGCGGCCAGGCAGACAUGAUUGUGGCUCCCCUCACCAUCAACAAUGAGCGGGCACAGUACAUUGAGUUCUCCAAGCCCUUCAAGUACCAAGGCCUCACCAUCCUUGUGAAGAAGGAAAUCCCCCGAAGCACCUUGGACUCGUUCAUGCAGCCUUUCCAGAGCACGCUGUGGCUGCUGGUGGGGCUGUCUGUGCACGUGGUGGCAGUGAUGUUGUACCUCUUAGACCGAUUCAGCCCGUUUGGCCGGUUCAAAGUGAACAGUGAGGAGGAGGAGGAAGAUGCCCUGACCCUCUCCUCGGCCAUGUGGUUCUCCUGGGGAGUCCUGCUGAACUCCGGCAUCGGAGAAGGUGCUCCCCGGAGUUUCUCUGCACGUAUUCUUGGCAUGGUGUGGGCUGGCUUCGCCAUGAUCAUUGUGGCUUCAUACACUGCCAACCUGGCAGCCUUCCUGGUGUUAGACCGGCCUGAGGAGAGAAUUACAGGCAUCAACGACCCCCGGCUGCGCAACCCCUCUGAUAAGUUCAUCUAUGCCACGGUGAAGCAGAGCUCGGUGGACAUCUACUUCCGAAGGCAGGUGGAGCUGAGCACCAUGUACAGGCACAUGGAGAAGCACAACUACGAGAGCGCUGCCGAAGCCAUCCAGGCAGUGAGGGACAACAAGCUCCACGCCUUCAUCUGGGACUCAGCGGUGCUGGAGUUUGAAGCCUCCCAGAAGUGUGACCUGGUGACGACGGGGGAGCUUUUCUUCCGCUCCGGCUUCGGGAUUGGGAUGCGCAAGGACAGCCCGUGGAAGCAGAACGUCUCCCUGGCCAUCCUCAAGUCCCACGAGAACGGCUUCAUGGAGGAUUUGGACAAGACUUGGGUGAGGUAUCAGGAGUGUGAUUCCCGUAGCAAUGCCCCAGCAACACUCACCUUUGAAAAUAUGGCAGGUGUGUUUAUGCUGGUGGCUGGAGGUAUUGUUGCCGGGAUAUUUUUAAUAUUCAUAGAAAUAGCUUACAAAAGGCAUAAGGACGCGCGGAGGAAGCAGAUGCAGCUGGCGUUUGCGGCCGUUAAUGUGUGGAGGAAAAACCUGCAGAGAGAACUGAGAAGGAGGAGCAAAUGUAUCCCCGAGCAUGCUCUACGCACCAGCGGGAUACAUUUUGGUUACCCCCGUGCGGUAGCAGAGCCAGACCUGGUCACUCCGUCCCCCGUCGGAAAGGUCACACUCAUUGGCACGAAAGCAAUUGGGGAGGAAUCGUUCUCAGCGCCCGCCGCCGAGCGCGGCCGGUCCCCUCGGCUCGCUGCCCCCGCACCAUGGCGGCUGGUGCUCCCAGCCUGCGCUAACCAGGAUAGAAAAAGUGGUAGAGCAGAACCUGACCCUAAAAAGAAAGCCACUUUUAGGUCCAUCACCUCCACCCUGGCCUCCAGCUUCAAGAGACGUAGGUCCUCCAAGGAUACGCCCUGCAGAAUGGUCCCUCAGGAGUGCCAGAGAGACAGGCUGGCACCAUGGAGCCAAGACAGCCCUGGGAAGCUACCACCCCACUCUGAACGUCCUAGCGCCCACCAUCACCCGAGCUGCACAGCCUCUCCGCGGCACAUCAUCCCCACCGCCCCAGGAGGAGAUGCAUGUGUUCCCCAUAGGCAGCUCCUGCAACUCGAAUAGCACUCGCAGAGCUGACGUACUGCCAUCCAUCGCAGCCACCCACGAUACUGCAACCCCACAGAAGCCAUGUGAGACGCAUAAACCACACAGACACCUUCCGAGCCGGCACAUUUUGUACAGACACGUAACGAGGCGCACAGGUCCCUUAGCCCCCCCACCACAGCCGUCAUCAGCCCCCGCAGAGUCACACCGCCAGCCCGCGGGCAUCCCCCCCAGACACAGCAUGACACACGUCCCACGUCACCGCCAAGUGAGGGCCCGGCGCUGCGAGGCGAUGCUCGCCCUGCAGCCGCGGGGAUGGUGCCAGAGCUGGUCGAGAACCAAGGGGGUUCAUGGAAAAGGUCACCUUUUCAGUGAAGGACCAGCCCUCCCAAAGCCAAACGCUUCUUGGCUGAAAAAGAACCUAGUUUUUGGCCCAAAAGAACCAAAAGUAGGUCAAAGACAACUAAUUAUUUUUUUUAAAGGAAAGUUGACGUUUUCUACAGCAAGAUUGCAUUUAGCUGGAAUCCUAAUUUUUAAUUGAAAAAAAAAAACAAACCACCCAAACCCCAGAAUUCUUCCAGAAAAUCUUCCACCAGCCAGGGACUACCGUAUGAGCCCAGAUUAGGUUGAAGUCAUUUUUAAAGACAUAUUAAGUUCUUGUCUAUAUUUUCUUCCUGGUUGUCAUUUAAAGUUUUUGGUGCCUUCACUUCACUUCCAUACCUUAACAUGUUUGAGUCUCUUCUACGGUUAAUAUUGAUUAAUUUCUUGGCUUUAUAAUGUUUGGUUUGGGGAUAGUUGCACCAUCCCUGUAACAUAAUUUACCCUAAAUUACUGAUAUGUGCUUCUAGCAUUAGUUCUACUUUAACAUAGUUUUGAUAUGACAAUUUUCUUGCUUUUUUUUCUUUUCCUUUUUUUUUUAAUUUUUAUUAUUAAAAAUUGCAUGCAUGAACUCUACACAAAAAAAAAAAAAAAGUAAAUGAGAAUGUUACCCUGUGAUAACUCUGUGAUUGGAGGAGAUAAUGCUUUCAAAUCAAAAGCCAUGCUCUUGUAUUUUAAUUUUUCUGGCCAGAUUCCCCACUUUGCUUGGUUAUUUUAGCGCUUCCCACCCCCAGAGCUGUGCAGAGAGGCCAGAAGGCCCCAGCCUGCCCUGCUAGACCUCCGGCUUUCCACCGCAGCAGCCACACGUCCACAUGCACCGAGGCACACGCUCACACGCACACACCGCUUUUUCCUCCCCGCUUUGCGUCAGACAGGGUAUUUAACAAAGGACCUUUCUUUUGCCCGUUCCUUUUUGUAUCUCACGUUCCUCCUCCCGCUCCGCCAGUGAGUCACCCAGCCUCUCCCCUUUCCCCGUCGCUUCUCCUCCCUGGCGGAAAGCAAGCCCCGUCCCGCCAGCGCACGCGUGCGCGCCUCCUGCCCAUUUUGCCACAGAAAGGAAAUAUCGCAUUUAGCUGGAAUCCUAAUUCUUUUCGCAAGGAGGGGGCGGCUGCACCCAUUUUUGGGAGAGGGACGCUUUUUUUGUGGACUGAUGAAUAGCCACAAAAAGCUCCCCCCAGGGCGGCAGAGCGACUUUGGGAUCCCCUCGGCCGUUCCCUGUGCAAACGGGCGAUGGCCAAGGAGUUGCCACUUUAGCAAAGCAAGGCCACAGCAAGGAAUUUCUCAGAGGCUCCGUUUUAACACUAGCUAGCCCCCUAAAUGAAUGAGUGAUCCCGUGAGAUGCUCCCUGGGUGUCAGCACGUCCCCGGCACGUGUACCGGAGAGAUGGGAGCGUCCUGGCUCUCGCCCCUGCCCCAGCAGCUCCCCACCGAGGGGUCCUGGUGAAGCACAAAAGUGGGCAGAGCAGGGCAGCCCCAAGGACCCCACGCAAUGCUCAGGGGGACCCCAGAUCCCGCGGCAGGAGGCAGGGUGUAGGGCCACGCAGGGUAGCCACAGUGCCAGAGCCACCAGCAGCACCACAGGGGCCACGGUUGCCACUGACCAACGCAAGACGGGUGAAAUCCCGUCGCCAAGCAGCCCCCCAGGGAGCCCUGCAGCACGGCAGCCCUCCUGGGUAGCGUGAUGCAAGGGCCGGGCAAACGUCACUGGAGAGGGUCCACACCGCAGCACGUGAGACCCGCCGAGACCUUCUCCUGUCCCAGCACCAACUUAGGUCCCCAGACAGCAGGACAAGAUGCUCCGUGCCACCUGCUCCAUGUGGGGCUGGUCAGGGCUUCCAGUUCAGGGUUUGGAGCUAGGAGAGUGGAACUGGGAGAGGAAGGGAGUGUGGAAGGAGGAAGGGAGAAAAUAACUGCCCAGUUGUAUAUCCCUGCCUGGGGAGGAAGGACUUUUUGUUUUCUUGCCCGUUGAAGGGAAUUUCUGCUCUCCUGGUUGGCUUGCUGGUGGGACUGCGGCUGGGGAGGUCUCUCUCAGGGACCCUUUGCCAAGUCCCCCAUCCGCAAGGAGCACAGAACCCCAAAUCCAGGCCACAUCUCCAGCACAGGCUGUAUUUUCACGUUAGCAAUUGACGCCACAGAUUAUCACACGUCAACCACGCUGCACAUCUCACCUGCAUUAAAGGAUAGUCAAGCAAGGAGGUGAAACGCCCUGGCCUCAAAGCACAGCUUGAUCUGGCACCAGAGAGAUGCUGAAACCCAGCCAGACCCUCCAAACACAGGUUCAGCCGUGGGCUGGGCUGAUGAGUCACAGGCUUUGUCUCGUGGCCCCCCCAGAGCAGAGAGGGGCUCGCUCAGCAGGCGACGUGGCUGCCACGCUCUGCAGAAGCUGCGCCGCGCUCCUGGGCGUCCUCCCUGCCCCACCGUAGGGUGCUUGGAGAGUGUCUGCAACGACCUCUGCACAAGCUUGGAUUGCAUUGGGAAGGGGACCUCAGCCAGCAGCAGGUUUUGGGCCGUUGCAUCACCCCCAAGAGAUAUCCUGUAGGGGCACAUGGGGUGUAAGUAGAGGCGAGAGUGAGUGCCAGAACUGCCUAACACUUCUUUCUCCUUGUCUGU